AUGAGUAUUUUAGUUCGUAGUUUUAAUACUUAUCGAUUCUUCGAACUGGUUAAUCGUGUAUGUUUAAUACAAUCAAUAUCGUGUUUUUCGGAUGCAGCAGCAGACAAAGAUCUAACAAACACAUCAAAUGUAUCAGUACGUUCGUGUGAUUUUGAAGUAUUCGGCACUGUUCAACAUGUUUAUUUUCGUAAAUAUACUCAACAAGAAGCAAUAAAAUUAAAUCUUGUCGGCUGGGUGAGGAAUACUGAAAAGAAUACAGUACAAGGACAUAUGGAAGGUUAUAAAUCUAAUAUAGAACAGAUGAAAAUUUGGCUUCAAACAAUAGGAAGUCCAAAAUCAAAGAUUACUAAAGUCGAAUUCAAGAACCAAAAAUCAAUUACGGAAUUAACUUCGAAAACAUUUGAAAUUAGAAAAUAA